AUGAGCUUGUCCUUCCUCUUCCUCCUCCUCCUCCUCUUCCUCGGCCACCUGAUCCGCAGCUCCCGGGCUGAAGAGAAGCAACUCCUUCCCAAAGCGCAACUAGGACCCACAGCCAGUAACCGGAAUCGAGGGGGCAGCGGCAGUAGGGGUAGAAACAGCACUUCUCCCUUGGCUUCUUCCUCAUCUUCCUUCUCUGCCUCCUCCUCCUCUUCCUUGGGAAUUAAAGGCAGCGGCUCGGAGCGGAGCAGCUUUCAGUGGAGCCCAUCAGGGCGCCGGACUGGCAGUCUUUACUGCAGAGUUGGUAUCGGUUUCCAUCUGCAAAUCCAUCCGGAUGGCAAAGUCAACGGCUCCCACGAAGCCAAUAUGCUAAGUAUUUUGGAAAUAUUUGCUGUGUCUCAGGGGAUUGUAGGAAUACGAGGAGUUUUCAGCAACAAAUUUUUAGCGAUGUCAAAAAAGGGAAAACUCCAUGCAAGUGCCAGGUUUACGGAUGAUUGCAAAUUCAAGGAGCGGUUUCAAGAAAACAGCUAUAAUACCUAUGCCUCAGCCAUCUACAAGACAGAAAAGACUGGGAGAGAAUGGUAUGUGGCAUUGAACAAACGGGGUAAAGCCAAGAGAGGCUGCAGCCCAAGGGUCAAACCCCAACAUAUUUCUACCCAUUUCCUUCCAAGAUUCAAACAGUCAGAGCAGCCAGAACUUUCUUUUACAGUGACUGUUCCAGAAAAAAACAAGCGACCUCCUCACCUGGUCAAACCAAAGGUCCCCCUUCCUACACCUCGAAAGAAACCAAAUACAGUCAAAUAUAGACUCAAGUUUCGCUUUGGAUAG